UACGUCUCUAAAAGACUAUUCUAAAGAGAUUAAGAAACAAUUUAUUAAGAGAGUCUUCAUGUCCUUUAGACAUUUUUAAGAUGAUUUUUAAUCUUUUUAUGCUGUCUGGAAUAUCUACAUGAAAAAAGAUACAUUAAAAAAGGAAUGUAGGAGCGAGAGAAUAAAUCCCCGACGGGCGGGACGAUCGAGAGCAAUCGCGGGCGGAGAACGCAAGAAUUGCGCUAAGCAGUGUACAUACACCUGAGCUCGCCUUUUAAAGGUGCUACAGAAGCGUGGUGGAAAAGCGUACGACGCUGCGACGAAUGCCUUUCGCUGGCUCAGAGUUGGAGCAGCAAUUCCGUGAUUCCAGUGAUUCCAGCGGCGCGAGCGAGACAAGAGCGGAACCGAGAGAGCGACAACGAGACUCGACGAUCGCGCAUCUCGAUUUUACGGAUCGGCUCUGAACGCGAUGCGCGACACUGCUGGUCCGCGCGAACGACGCCGAAAUCGUCGUCGCGAGUCCCAAGUGUCCUUUCAACAAGUGUACCCGUACAGACAAUUUUGAGGAGAAAAGGAGACGAAGAGAAGUAUGGACCAGAGGCGAAGUCUGUGAAGACUCCUCUCACGUGUAACCGAGCGAUCGAUAUGUCGCGACGAUCCAGACUCGGCCAGCGCGUUUCCACGAGAAGAGGAAUUAUCCGCGGAUAAGGAUCGAUAAUCUAUAGGGAAGAUAAUUUCUCUCUUUCUCCGUCCUAAGCACAGAUGAGACACAAGAUGAGUUUUAAACGCGAAUGUUACUGAUGAAUUGUAUAUUUAUCUUUAAUAUUCUUGCACAUUAACAUAAACUCCAAAAUGCAUACUUCAAAGUAUGCUUAUCAUAUUAGCACAAAUCGCGAUUAUAUUACAGAUGGUGAAGAGAGCCACAGAGCUCCUUCAGAUCGCACCGUAUCUGAAUAUAUCGUUGCCAAUGAACAUACUACUAUGGUAAAACCAAUAAAAACAAGUCACGCAGACAGAUAUGAUAGAGAAGACAGAAGAUCUAGAAGCGCACACAAUACUCGCGAUUCAGUACUGUCUGAAUCUUCGAAACAUGGUUUACAUCCGCUUAGCAAAAGUGCCUCACAUGGCAGUAUUUGUGACAAUGGUUCAGAUAUAUAUGUCACUAGUGCUGCAUAUAGAGCCACUUCCGACAUAAGUCGAGUAUCACGCCAUAGUCUAGCACCAAGCUCCAGAUUAGAUCACAGAGCGCCUAGUCACUACAGCUAUGGUUCCGGUAGAUCAGGCACCUCGACAGUGAAAACUCGUACAUCACGAAAAGGCGGUAUAAUUAUUGAAACUAUGUCCACACCUAAUCCAUUCUGUCCAAACACUAAGGGUGUCUGUUGCCUUAUGUUACUUCUUAAUCUCGGCUUGAUUCUGGUUACUUUGGGCUUUGUUAUUGUCAUACAAUUCUUCCAACCAUUGGUUGUUUGGAUCUUAGGAAUAGUAUUUCUGGUGUUUGGAUUUUUGACAUUAAUUGGAAGUCUCGUAUAUUGUGUACAUGUAUUCAAAAAUGCCAAACACCCCCAUGAUAUUAAUCCAGAAGAUCUAUAUUGGACCCAUUACUGGCAAGGUCGCGUUGGUUCUACAGCACCUGAAGUUUAUUAUAAAGCGGAAGACAAGUAUCAAGAUGACGGCUAUAGUGAUCGAUAUAGCAAAUAUUCAGGAAAGUAUUAUGACAGGCAAAGUCAAAGAUAUUGAUUAAAAUAUAAAUAGUCUUAACUAUAUUAAUUGAAAUACCAAUCAUUCUGCCAACUCUUAAUUGUAUAAAAUAUUUUCAAAACCAAUGAUAAAUAAAAAGAAAAAUAAU